UCACAACUAGAGACCCACACACAAUAAGAGGAAACAAGGACCCCGAGGUGCAGCUCCCUGAAGACAUUACAGAGAAAAAGCAUGGCAGGUUUUGCAGGUUUUGCAGAGAACAUAACCCCUACCACAUGGGAUCCGUACUCAGAUUAUUAUAGUGGGAACCACGAGGACUCUAGUCCUUGUGAAUUUGGGGAGUUGUGGAGUUUUGGGAAGGUGUUUCUGCCCACUUUCUACAGCGUGGUCUUCAUUCUUGGCUUCAUAGGUAACAGCCUGGUGGUGUGUGUCCUGGUGAUAUACCGAAACCAGAUCAACCUGACGGACAUCUGCCUCUUCAACCUGGCUCUCUCCGACAUCCUCUUUGUCCUCACGCUCCCUUUCUACGCUCACUCCUCAAGGGUUGGUCAGUGGACCUUCGGGAGUUUCAUGUGUGCUUUCAUCUCAGGCUUGCACAGUACCGGCUUCUUCUGCAGCACCUUCUUCAUGGUGGUCAUGAGCAUUGACCGCUACAUAGCCAUCAUUUAUGCUCACAAAAUGCUUCGAUAUCGCACCUCGAGGGCAGGUGUCGCUCUGAGCAUGGCUGUCUGGAUGCUGAGUUUGGGUGUCUCUCUGCCUGUUUUUAUGUUCACAAAGGUGAACGGGUCCCAGGAGGUUAUGUGUUACUACGACCCAGAGAUGGAUGCUUGGAAGCAUUAUAACAUCUUCACCACGAACAUUCUGGGGCUUCUUAUCCCUUUUUUGGUCAUGAUUGGUUGCUACUCCAGGAUCAUCCCCAUACUGAUGAAGAUGAAGACCACAAAGAAGCACCGUGUGGUCAAACUCAUCAUUUCCAUCAUGGUGGUCUUUUUUGUUUUCUGGACCCCGUACAACAUUUCCCUCUUCCUAAAAUUUUUAAAGUCUGUACUGCCCGGUGACGUGUGCGAGGUGGAGGAGAAUGUAAGGCUCGCAGUAACAGUGACGGAGACAUUAGCUUACACUCACUGCUGCCUGAACCCCAUCAUUUAUGCCUUUGUGGGACAGAAGUUCAUGAGGCGGGUAUUACAGCUGCUUAAAAAGUGCGUCCCAUGGAUUUCUCUGUCCUCUACUUGGAAUGAUCCAGAUAGCUCAUUCAGGAACAGCACCAGGUCAUCGGAGGUCGUCUCCACUCUUGUUAAGUAGAAAGAGGAGGAUGAAUGUUAGCUGUUCAAAGGGCGUAUUCCUGCAUAUGAAACAAAUGAAAAUUUCCCACUAUCUUUGGGGUGUUUGAAUAUAAAUACACACAUUUCACCCAGACUUUAUCUGGGGUUUUUCCUUUCAGCUCCUUGACAAAAUGUCCAUGUGAAAUUGAUGUGAGCUGAUAUUAGUAUGCAGCAGGAAAUAUUCCGGAAAAUGUAUCGUAAGUUAGUGAGGCGUUGUUGAUGUUUGUAUCUCACGACCAGUGAGCAGCCAGUGUGGUCCUGCAGGUGUUAG